CAUGAUGUGUUUACAAACUGGAAGCAUGCUGUUUUCAGAGGAACAAAAAAUGUCUUUGGCAUGAAAACUUCUUUUAAAGAGGUACGAGGUAACAGCUAACGCGUAAAACAAAUACAAAAUUUCAUGUGCAAUGCCCAAUUUUUUUUCCCAGUUGCUUAAAUUGGAAAAUUUACUGCGAUCAUCAUUCUUCACUUUUAUUUUAACGUCUGCCCAUAUCAACGUUAAAUCUGAAAGAAAUAUUUGAUUUUGUCUGUGCACUUACCUGAGUACAUGCAACGUCUUGAGACUUAAGCGUGAAAGAAUUAUUUUACGACAGCUCACGCAACGAUUUAAAAAAUAUAUCAAAAUACCAUGUAAUUUUACUGCAACUCUUGAAAACUGCAAACCUCAGGAAAGAGCCUUUUAAGCAAUAAAAGCUAAACGCUUUUAUUUUCGGUAGUUUGUUCUAUAAAAAAACUGGGGAGCCAUGAACGCCUCCAAACGUGCUCGCGACGAAAACGAAAAGUGUCUUAGAGCACUUUUUAUCCUUCAGACACAACUUUUCAGCAUUAAUUCAGCAGACAAUAGAUCAAAAAACCCAAUUUCCUAUGAACAAGCCACUAGGUUUAAAAUAGCAAAAAAAAAUUCCUAAAAAACUCUGCGGCUUCCGUUUUGGCGCAGGUCAAUUUAUCACCAACGGCUUAAAACUCUCGAAAAUGGCUCGACAAAAAUUCCCCCUCGCCCAACACAAUACGUUGCGGUUUAAAUAGAUUUUGGUAAAGUGAAACACGGGGAACGUUGAAAGAUGCUUUGCCGAGUUUGAUAACCAUCGACUUGAUGGAGUCUCUAAAAGGAUUGGAUAAACAACUCUGCCGCUAGUUACCGGAGCAUCACGAAUCGCGACGCAACCGAAAACCAACGUAGCUUUGAGCAGAUUUCUUAGCUGAAUAGCCUCUAAACGGCUUGUUGACCCUACAGAGCACGAGAAAAUUCCUCCAAGAACGCGGCAGCGCUAAUUUUGCGGAGAACACAAUCCGAUGUCUGCUUUAUAGUUUUCGCGGAAUCCGCUUGACCGAGAUCGCAUGCCAAUAUGCGAAACUCCAGGUUGGUGGUCUGUCCGCUCGUGUGACAGUCGUUUAGCAGUAGUUAGUAAGCCAUGGAACCCUCGAAAGUGCUAAAUAAUCUCGCACGCUUCAGAAAACGAAGGUAAAGACACACUCGGGCGAAGACGACAAGAACACAAGCCCUCUAUCCACCUUUACGCUAAAUAAACGUUUGUCUAACAUCUCUGUAAAUCGCCUCCCUAUCCAAACAGUGUCAGUGGAAAUGAAAACAAAGGAGCCUCUCUUAUCUUAUCUCUUAACUGCAAUUAUGUAGGUCUUCAGGUUUUGCCACGCCAAGCGAGACGAAAUGCGAUCUGCUAAUUAAAUUUUCAAGCUGCGGAACUACACAUCUUGAGAAGCAACUUUAUGCCUCCUUCAUCAAGACAUCAUGUUGACACAUUGCAGAAUCUGAGGAAAUGAACUGUCCAAUAACGUGUCUGCCCUUUCUGUAAAAACCCCCUCGGUCUUAAACGCACUCCAGACCUUACGAUUGUCGAGAUAAGGAGCUAAAAGGCAGAAAUUAUCGGCACAUCAAGAGAAUUGGGAACUGAUCACGGAGCACUUGCGAGAAAACAGAACUGCGGGUUUUUCUUGGCACGAUCGCGUCCUUGACCAGGGAACUGUUCCAAACAUGCUGCAGGCAAGCCAUGGGAUGAGUAUUCCAGCUUUAGUCCCCCCUUGCUUUGAAGAGCCGAGUUACGGGAUUAACACAAACUCGUCUAGGCCACCGCCGUUUACGAUGUGUCAACCACAUGCCUCUGGACCGAGCUCUGUUGUCCCAUCUGCGCGGGUUCUCCAAGAGGUCUUGUAUUCCAACGAGAUGAAUUUCCCCAGCUACAUGCCUGAUAUGCCAAACAACCAAGGCUUGCCUCUCCCAUGGAUGUCUUCGUGGCACCAGAGGCAGAAUUUGCCGUAUCUUGGCCAUCCUCACCCAGGUGAUUAUUACCCUUAUGGAGCAGACUUCGGAGAAAUCGAUGAUCCGGGCAUGUACCCACCCAAAAAGAAACGGGCGCGUACUACAUUUUCAGCGGAACAGCUCAAGCGACUGGAAAAACGAUUCCUUGGAAAUCACUAUAUUGUUGGAGAAGAAAGACAGAAAAUCGCCAAGGAAUUGGACUUGUCCGAGGCGCAGGUAAAAGUUUGGUUUCAAAACCGAAGAAUAAAAUUUAAGCGAGACGAGGAAUUAGAAAAGUUGGGGAAAAGCAAAAAAAGAAAAGGCGAACACCAUGUACGAAAAUGGCAGUUAACGACGCGCCAUUUUGGACCCGAAACUGGUGUGCUAUUCCACGCCGAUUACGAUAAUACCUCUAGAAAACAUAAUUAGAAUCAAUUUGUACUUUAGAGCACUUUAUGAGAUAAGCAGAGAUGCGCUGAAGGCUAGAGGUAAAAUUAGUUAAUGCCGAACUGAACUGUACCGCGGUAAUUUCUUUUCCAUUCGCGCUAGUUAAAGACUGGCGUGACGAAAUUAUGCUGUGUAAGCACUUGCUUUUCACCGCAUUGAUGUCAAAUUGUUCGCUUAUUGCGGCACAAUACUUCAUCAAUCGGUUUAUCUAUUUUUCUAGUAGUGCGCACAUAAGAGUUUAUUAAAGGCUGGAAGAAAACUUCAUUUAGUCCGAUUAGCCGACUUUUAGAACAUCUGUAACAACUUUUAUAAUGAGCAAAUGCUUAAGUAAUGUUUUCAGGAGAUGUCAAGGUAUUUGGUAUUAUUAACGACUUUUUAAGGCGAGCAGAUUAACACGCUACACUGAUGCGAUAGGGACUAUAAAAACAGCUUUUUUCCGUAUGGACUUCCCGGAUAAUACGCGAUAAUGAUAACUAAUUACAUCAUGCAAUACGCCUCCGUAUCUCACGCCACUAAAGGCAACUGCAGAAUAAUCGUUUGAUUACUAAGAUCAUUCCAUCAGACUCUUACACUAAAUGGCCGUAUUUAGCUUGAUAAAUCCGUGCUUAAGGUCUAACUUGUACAUAGUUAAGUAUUUUCUAGUGAGCCUCAAUGGCUGUAUGAAGCACUAGUGCUUUUUCACUCGAGAUGUACAUAACAAUAAUGGUAUUGCGUGAUCGCAUUAUACCGCUUGACGCAACAUCCAUGUUAUUUAUAACAAUAAUGUUUACUCUUCAAAUAAAUAGUUUAUAGAAAA